UGCAGCUGUCGGAAUGGCGGAGGUCGGUGUUGCUGGCGUCCGGCGUUGUGGUUCUGUGUGUCGGGGCGGCGCUGGUGUGUGCGGGAGUCCGGACUGGGCCGGGGGUUUGGAGAUCACAUUCACUGGAGAACUCUAGAAGAUGGGAUGCAGGAGGCUGCUAGCAAUGGCCUGCCGAUAAUGCUCCUAAUUCAUAAGACAUGGUGUGGAGCCUGCAAAGCUCUGAAACCAAAGUUUGCAGAGUCCAAGGAGAUAUCUGAACUCUGUCACAACUUUGUGAUGGUGAAUGUGGAGGAUGAGGAGGAACCAAAAGAUGAUGUGUAUAGCCCUGAUGGUGGCUACAUCCCAAGAAUUCUAUUCCUGGAUCCCAGUGGGCAGGUUCAUCGAGGGAUAAUAAACUCAAAAGGGAACCCAAGUUACAAGUACUUCUACAGCACUGCAGAGCAAGGUAUGUAG